UCUCCGCUCUUUGCCAUUUUCUCUGCCUCUACGUGCCAUUUUGUCGACUUGCCGCAUAAACUGGCGAUUCGGGUCGGCAUAAGCACUUUUAUUCGCAGUAGUAGUUCGCCUAUCCAGUACAAACCGGCGUCGUCCCAGUAUUGACUGGUCAUGGAUUGGAGUGUACCCAGCGAGACAGACAUGCCCCAACGUCACAGCCUAGGGCUGGGGCGGUGAGGGGUUGAGACUGAGCAAAGUGCUCCUCCGACUUAUUGCAGUGGAAGGUACGGGAGAGGCGGACCGAGGCAUUAAAAGCCAUGCAUGGCUCUGUCACGGUGCACGGAUAUUGACUGAACUGUUCCUGUUUAUGCCAUGAAGCAUAGUUAGGUUCUUGUGUAACAGAAGUGGAGGCCCUUGACAGUUUGCUACUGGACUGAUGGCUCCAGAGUGACAUGCAAUGGCUUUAAUGAUCCCCCCGGUGAAACUCAAAUGGCUGGAGCACCUGAACGGCUCAUGGAUCACAGAGGACAGCGAGUCGAUAGCAACACGGGAGGGCGUUUCGGUGCUCUACUCAAAGCUACUGUCCAAUAAAGAGGUUGUGCUGCUGCCCCAGCAAGUGCUGUGUCUGAAGGGACCCCAGCUCCCAGAUUUUGAGCGUGAAUCCCUCUCCAGUGAUGAACAGGAGCAUUACUUGGAUGCUCUGCUCAGCAGCCAGUUGGCCUUGGCCAAGAUGGUAUGCUCCGACUCUCCCUUUGCAGCUGCCCUGCGCAAACGGGUGCUGGUGCUCCAGCGUAUUUUCUGUGCACUUUCCAACAAGUACCAUGACAAGGGAAAGGUCAAGCAACAGCAGCACUCUCCGGAGAACAACUCGGGAUCCGCUGAUCUGCACUCUGUCAGCGAGCGGCCACGCUCAAGCACUGAUGCCCUCAUCGAGAUGGGUGUUCGCACGGGACUCAGCCUUCUUUUUGCUCUGCUGCGCCAGAGCUGGAUGAUGCCUCCUCCACCCAACCCUCGUGGAAGUCCUGGGGGCAGCAUAAACUUGUGUAAUGAUGUCAUUCACACAGCCAUUGAUGUGAUUAGCUCCCUUCCACCUCUUUCUUUAGCCAAUGAGAGCAAGAUCCCACCAAUGGGCCUGGACUGCCUGGCUCAGGUCACCACCUUUUUGAAAGGGGUGACCAUGCCAAACUCUGGUGCUGAUAUUUUAGGCCGACGGCUUGCCUCAGAGCUACUGCUAGGGCUGGCUUCUCAGAGGGGUUCUCUGCGCUAUAUACUGGAGUGGAUUGAGAUGGCCUUGGCUGCAUCAGCUUUGGUCAGUACUAUGGAGCAGAAUAAGGUGCCACAAAACCAAGAGGGCCUCAUUGGCUAUGAUUGCUUCAUGAACAUUCUUAUGCAGAUGAGACGUUCUUUGGGCUCCUCAGCAGAUCGCAGCCAGUGGCGAGAACCCACACGGACCUCUGAUGGCCUGUGUUCACUGUAUGAGGCAGCACUCUGUCUUUUUGAAGAAGUGUGUCGAAUGGCAUCAGACUACUCUCGCACCUGUGUCAGUCCAGACAGCAUACAGACCGGUGAGGCACCUGUGGUGUCCGAAACAUGCGAGGUGUAUGUGUGGGGCAGUAACAGCAGCCACCAGCUAGUGGAGGGUACACAGGAGAAGAUCCUGCAGCCAAAGUUGGCCGCCAGCUUCGCUGAUGCACAGACAAUUGAGGCAGGCCAGUACUGCACUUUUGUGAUCUCCUCCGAUGGCUCUGUUCGGGCCUGUGGUAAGGGCAGCUAUGGCCGCUUGGGCCUCGGGGACUCCAACAACCAAUCAACACUGAAGAAGUUGACCUUUGAACCCCACCGUGCAAUCAAGAAGGUGUCAUCAUCCAAGGGCUCAGAUGGCCACACGCUGGCCUUUACUACAGAGGGUGAGGUGUUCAGCUGGGGUGACGGUGAUUAUGGCAAACUUGGUCAUGGGAACAGCUCAACACAGAAAUACCCUAAACUUAUCCAGGGACCACUACAAGGGAAGGUGGUGGUAUGUGUAUCUGCUGGCUACAGACACAGUGCUGCAGUCAGUGAGGAUGGAGAACUAUACACAUGGGGUGAAGGAGAUUUUGGAAGACUGGGUCAUGGUGACAGCAACAGCCGAAACAUUCCUACCCUUGUUAAAGACAUCAGCAAUGUGGGAGAGGUGUCAUGUGGUAGCUCCCAUACUAUUGCACUGUCAAAGGAUGGGCGUACUGUUUGGUCCUUUGGAGGAGGGGACAAUGGAAAACUGGGUCAUGGAGAUACUAAUCGAGUGUACAAGCCAAAGGUAGUGGAGGCCCUGCAAGGGAUGUUCAUCAGGAAAGUGUGUGCAGGAAGUCAGUCAUCUCUCGCCUUAACCUCUACUGGCCAGGUGUACGCUUGGGGCUGUGGUGCUUGCCUAGGAUGUGGGUCUUCUGAGGCCACAGCACUCAGACCCAAACUAAUUGAGGAGCUGGCUACUACCAGGGUGGUGGACAUCUCAAUAGGGGACAGCCACUGCCUGGCCCUGUCACAUGACAAUGAAGUGUAUGCAUGGGGCAACAACUCCAUGGGCCAGUGUGGCCAGGGGAACUCCACAGGGCCAAUCACCAAGCCCAAGAAGGUCGUUGGCUUGGAUGGAGUUGCUAUUCAGCAGAUCUCAGCCGGCACUUCUCACAGCCUGGCCUGGACAGCUCUGCCUAGAGACAGGCAGGUGGUGGCUUGGCACAGGCCAUACUGUGUUGAUCUUGAAGAAAGCACUUUCUCCCACUUGCGUUCCUUCCUUGAGCACUACUGUGAUGGUAUCAACAGUGAGGUUCCUCCUCUUCCCUUUCCAUCAUCCAGGGAACAUCAUAACUUCCUCAAGUUGUGCCUUCGGCUUUUGUCCAAUCACCUGGCUCUGGCUCUGGCUGGAGGCGUGGCUACCAGUAUUUUAGGUCGACAGGCCAGGCCCCUGAGGAACCUGCUAUUCAGACUGAUGGACUCCUCUGUGCCAGAUGAGAUUCAGGAGGCAGUGAUUGAGACUCUGUCUGUGGGGGCGACCAUGUUGCUGCCUCCACUGAGAGAGAGGAUGGAGCUUCUUCACUCCUUGCUUCCUCAAGGCCCUGACAGAUGGGAGAGUCUCUCCAAAGGACAGAGGAUGCAGCUGGACAUUAUCCUGACCAGUCUCCAAGACCACACCCAUGUGGCCUCUCUCCUGGGUUACAGCUCUCCUGCUGAUGGCCCAGAGGUACUUUCCUCCGGGCCGAGUUUUACGGCUUCCCCAGACCCAGCCUACAGCGCUACAGCUGGCCACCCCGACACGCACCUGGCUGAGAUCCUCAUGAAGAUGCUACUCAGGAACCUGGGCUUUUAUACUGAUCAGGCAUUCGGGGAACUGGAGAAGAAUAGUGAUAAACUGCAGCAGGGCACGUCCUCCUCUGACAGCAGCCAGCCAGCUCACCUCCACCAGCUCCUCUGCUCACUGCAGAAGCAACUGUUAGCAUACUGCCACAUUAACUCUGUAACAGAGAACUCUAGCAGUGUGGCUUUACUGCACAAGCAUCUACAGCUCCUGCUGCCCCACUCCACCGAUAUCUUCUCCCGCUCAGCCACUUUGAUAAAAGAGAGUUCCUGGAAUGGUAGCAUACGAGAGAAGUUACAAGAUGUGAUCUACAUGUCAGCGGCAGGCAGCAUGCUGUGCCAGAUAAUCAACUCUUUGUUGCUGCUUCCGGUGUCCGUGGCGCGGCCUGUGCUAAGCCACCUGUUGGACCUGCUGCCUUCUCUAGACCUCCUCAACAGACUGCUGCCCGCUGCAUCCCCUCUGGAGGACCAGGAGCUACAGUGGCCUCUUCAUGGUGCCUCUGACUUUGCUGAGCCAGCCUUGGGAUUGUCCCUGCCACAGCCGGCGCACUCUUGGGUGUGGCUUGUGGACCUGGAGAGGACAGUGGCGCUGCUAGUGGGCCAAUGCCUUGGUGGGAUGCUGCAGGGAGCUCCUACCUCACUGGAGGAACAGGAUACUGCUUACUGGCUUAAAACACCCCUCUUCAGCAACGGCUUGGAGAUGGACAUCCCACAGCUAGACACUUGCAUCAGCUCAUUGUUGGAGGCAGCACUGUCUGGAAAUGAAGAGCAGAAGCCUUUUGACUGCACGCUGCAUCCUGACUUGAGUGUCCUUGUGGAUUUGGCUCUGAGUUCUUCUAAAGAACCUGCCAACAGCCUCUGGAUCAACAUGCAGGACUAUGCCAUCAGCAAAGACUGGGACAGUGCAUCUCUCAGUAAUGAGUCCCUGUUAGACACUGUGUCCAGGUUUGUGUUUGCAGCAUUACUGAAGCACACCGGGCUGCUGGACCAGGCCUGUGGAGAGGGCAGGUACCAACCAUCUAAAUCCCUUGCAGAAGUCUAUCGCAGUGUUUAUAAAGUACGAAACCGUUUGCUGGCCUGUAAGAAUAUAGACUUUAUUCAGACCCGAUCAUCUUCGCGUGAGAGGAGGAUUUCAGACAAUCAGGACUCUCUGGACAUGGACCCACAGGAACACUCCUUCACACGCACCAUUGAUGAGGAGGCAGAGCUGGAAGAGAGAGCCGACCGUGAGAGAGAAGAGGGCCAUCAGGAACAAGAUGAUGAAGAGGAGGAGAGGGAGCAUGAAGUAAUGACAGCUGGAAAAAUCUUUCAAUGUUUCCUCUCAGCACGGGAGGUAGCCCGCAGUCGGGACAGGGAGCGGGCAAGCAGCAGCACAGGCCUGGGGUCCGGCUCUGUUCCCAGGAGUGGAGGAGGAGGUGGAGAGGAGGACACUAUUCUGUCUCAGGAAGGGCGGAGGGGCAGUACAGGUCUUCCAGAGGGCCAGGACCUGUACACAGCAGCCUGUAAUUCGGUGAUCCACCGCUGUGCCCUGCUGGUGCUUGGGGUCAGCCCAGUGGUGGGUGAGCUGACCAAGCAGAACCAGGAGGAGGGUCAGACCCAGUCUGCUACAGGAACACAGGAAUGUCUGAGCUUCAUGACAAGAAGUGAGAGUCUGAGUGCAGAGAGCCAUUCGGUGCAGAGUAGUCCAGGUUACAGACUGAUGAAGUCCAGGAGUGAGUCUGACCUCUCCCAGCCUGAGUCAGAUGAAGAGGGCUACGCUCUGAGUGGAAGGAGAAAUGUUGACCUCGAUUUGGCAUUCUCUCACAAAAAAAGAGGCUUACUUUACAGUUCACCAGACUCCCUGGCUGAGUCCUGGUUCAGGGCCAAACUAAGUCAUCAGUGGAGCUACAGCUCGACACACUCCUAUGAAGAGUCAGACCUUGACCUGAGCCACUCACUGGGGGUCCAUGCUCUCAUUGACAACAUGGUCAGUUUUAUCAGUGGCGAUGUGGGUUUGACUCCAGCCUUCAAAGAACCAGAAGAAAGUAUGUCAACCAGCCCACAGGCCAUUAUCCUGGCUAUGGAGCAGCAACGGAGCAGGGCAGAGCUGCGACUGGAAGCACUCCACCAGAUCGUGGUGUUGAUCUCUGGCAUGGAGGAGAAGGGCAGCCAACCUGGGAAUGCAGAUCGCUCCAGCAGUGCCUUUCAGUCCUCCUCCUUGCUCACCUCUGUUAGGUUGCAGUUCCUGGCUGGUUGUUUUGGCCUCGGCACAGUGGGCACUGGAGGGCUGAAGAGAGAGAGUGUGCAGCUACAUCACUACCAGGAUGGUGUAAAAGCAGCUAAGAGGAACUUACAGAUGGAAAUCCAGACAGCUGUCCAUAAGAUCUAUCAGCAGCUGUCUGUGACACUGGACAAAGCACUGCAGGCAAACAAGCACCACAUAGAAGCUCAGCAGCGACUCCUGCUGGUGACUGUGUUUGCACUGAGUGUUCGUUACCAGCCAGUAGAUGUCUCCUUGGCGAUUUCCAGUGGGCUGCUCAAUGUGCUGUCCCAGCUGUGUGGCACGGAAACUAUGCUGGGGCAGCCUCUGCAGCUACUGCAGAAACCUGGAGUGUCCCAGCUCAGCACUGCCUUGAAGGUGGCCUCCACACGCCUGCUGCAGAUACUGGCCAUCAGCACUGGAACAUAUGCAGACAAACUGAGCCCCAAGGUGGUCCAGUCACUGCUGGAUCUGCUUUGCAGUCAGCUGAAGAACCUGCUGUCUCAGGCAGGAGUCAGCCUGCUGUCUUCUGGAAAAGACCAAGAAGACAACAAACAUGAAGACAGUACAGACUCUGAAAAGAAGGACUUCAGAGCUUUAAUACGUAAGCAACACACUGCUGAGCUGCACCUGGGAGACUUCCUAGUCUUUCUCCGGAGAGUGGUGUCCUCAAAGGCUAUCCAGUCCAAGAUGGCCUCCCCUAAAUGGACUGAAGUUCUGCUCAAUAUCGCUGCACAGAAAUGCUGCUCAGGGGUCCCACUGGUGAAAAACCUGAGAACUCGCCUCCUAGCUCUUCAUGUUCUGGAGGCUGUCUUACCUGCCUGUGAGACUAAUAUGGAGGAUGACCAGAUGACGCAGGUUGUAGAGCGGCUCUUCUUCCUGCUGUCUGACUGCAUGUGGGAAGCUCCCGUUGCUCAAGCCAAGCAUUCAAUCCAGAUUAAAGAAAAAGUCCAAGAACUCAAACUGCAGGGAGAGACAGAGGAGGAGGAUGAAAACCUUCCUACCCAGGAAGUGUCCUUUGACCCAGAAAAGGCUCAGUGUUGUGUGGUGGAAAAUGGCCAGGGGCUGACACAUGGCAGUGGGGGCAAAGGUUAUGGCCUAGCCUCAACUGGUAUCUCCUCUGGAUGUUACCAGUGGAAGUUUUACAUCGUGAAGGAGAACCGAGGCAAUGAGGGUACAUGUGUGGGUGUUUCAAGAUGGCCCGUGCACGACUUCAACCACCGCACCACAUCAGAUAUGUGGCUAUACCGGGCAUACAGUGGAAACCUAUAUCACAAUGGAGAACAAACACUGACACUGAGCAGCUUUACUCAGGGAGACUUCAUCACCUGUGUCCUGGACAUGGAGGCAAGAACCAUCUCCUUUGGCAAGAACGGAGAGGAGCCAAAGUUAGCCUUUGAAGAUGUGGACGCCACAGAACUCUAUCCUUGUGUGAUGUUCUAUAGCAGUAACCCUGGAGAGAAGGUUAAGAUCUGUGACAUGCAGAUGAGGGGAACACCUCGAGACCUCUUACCUGGUGACCCAGUCUGCAGCCCCAUGGCCACUGUUCUGGCUGAGGCCACCACACAGCUGAUCCGUAUCUUACAUCGCAGUGACCACUGGACCCAUCGUAUCAACAAAACUAUGAUUGAGCGACUUCACAAAAUCAAGCCUUGCUUUAGAGAGUCAGCCAGUACAUCUGGUAGUGGCGGUGGUCAAAGACUGAAAAAGAGUCGUUCAGUGCAGAGCCGUGAAGAGCACGAUGCCCAGAAGGAAAGCCAAGAAACACCCAUAAGGAUGGAGGAGGAGAGGGGUCGCCAUGGACGGCAGCAUGGCUUGGGGGAGCUGUCGGAGCACCACCUGAGAACACUCUGUACAGAGGUGUGGCCAGUCCUGGCGGUGAUCGGGGGUACAGAUGCAGGCCUCCGUGUUGGUGGGCGAUGUGUGCACAAGCAGACUGGGCGCCAUGCUACUUUAUUGGGUGUGGUGAAGGAAGGCAGUACUUCAGCUAAGGUUCAGUGGGAUGAAGCUGAGAUCACUAUCAGCUUCCCAACUUUCUGGUCACCUAGUGACACUCCACUAUACAACCUGGAACCCUGUGAGCCGCUGCCCUUUGACGUGGCACGUUUCCAUGGCCUUACUGCUUCGCUGCUGUUGGACCUCACCUACCUUACCAGCAUCCAUGAGGAAACCACUGCUAAGCUGAGUGCACGGCGCCAUGAGAAGAAGCAUCGCAACGCAGCAUCGACUGGGCACGGACUGACCAGUAAUGAUGACAAGGCAGACAAUGAUGGGGGGCACAAUCGCAGUGAACAAAAAGACAAUGUUGGACCCUCGUCUGGAGCCGCUUCAAGUACAGUGACCUCUGAUCUGCGUGUGUCGCACAGCCUGGAUGAGGUCAAAGCACAUGUGGCACCCAACUCAAAAUCAGAGAGUGAGAUUUCCUCCGUGGCCGGCGGUGGCGUAGGUGGGAAUGAGACUCUCUUUACUGCAGCUCCUCACACAUCUGCUGAGGGGAACAGGAAGAAAGGCCAUGAUCAUGGCUUCCGCAGUCAUGAGCCGUCUCCUCCCUCUAUAGCCACCCAGUCAGACAUCCAUGCUGUGCAGCUGUCCUACCUCUACCUGGGAGCUAUGAAGACCCUCAGCGCUCUGCUUAGCUGCAGCAAAUAUGCCGAGCUGCUGCUUAUACCAAAGGUAUUACCAGAAGCUGCACCCAGUGGGCACAAUGCUGAUCUGAAUGCCAGCACCAGUGGAAGCACAGCUGCCACCUCACCAGUAUGCCAGGAGGAGGUGGAGAUGCGGGCGGCUCUGCAGUUUCUUAUGCGCCAUAUGGUGAAGCGAGCAGUGAUGCGCGCCCCCAUCAAACGGGCCUUGGGCCUCAGAGACCUGGAGAGGGCACAGGCCAUGAUCUACAAGCUAGUCGUGAAUGGGCUGUUGGAGGAACCCAGCGGGGGGAAGUCCAAGCCUGGAAUCAGAAGUGAACCAGAGGGUGAAGGGGAAGGUACAGAGGGUGAGCAGCUGGCACAAACCCCAAUCACCACCAGCCCCUCUGCUUCCAGCACCACAUCCUUCAUAAGCUCAUCACUUGAGGACACCACCACUGCUACCACACCUGUCACAGAUACAGAGACUGUCCCAGCCUCUGAGUCUCCAGGGGUCAUGCCUCUCAGCCUCCUCAGGCAAAUGUUCUCCAGCUAUCCAACCACCACUCUCGUCCCAGCUCGUCGAGCCCAGACUCCUCCAGUGUCGUCUCUGCCAACCUCUCCCUCAGAUGAAGUCGGCCGCAGGCAGAGUCUCACCUCUCCUGACUCACAGCCCACAAGACCACAAAACAGAACAGCUCUGUCAGACCCCAGCAGCCGGCUCUCGACAUCUCCCCCUCCUCCUGCCAUUGCUGUGCCCCUGCUGGAGAUGGGCUUCUCGCUGCGCCAGAUCACCAAAGCUCUGGAGGCCACUGGUGCUCGAGGAGAGGCAGAUGCUCAGAACAUCACAGUACUGGCCAUGUGGAUGAUAGAACAUCCAGGUACAGAGGACGAGCAUGACGAGUCUCGCACCAGAGGCAGCGGCGUUGGUGGUGAUGGAUCUGACUCAUCUUGUCCUGGUGCAACAGCCUCUACUGGAGGCAAAACUCUGGAUAGGAACUCGUAUCUGUGCUCUCCUGGAGAAAUAGUUAGCGCAGAUGCUUCAGAAAUAGAGGAAGGCUUCAGCGAGAGUCCUGAUGGUCUGGAGCAAGAUAGUGCAACAGCUUCCAGCGGUGUUCCCCUCAGAGGACGCUCUGCUGUUGGUAGGAAACACCGCUUUGAUCUGGCUGCACGGACAUUGUUAGCCCGCGCUGCUGGACUGUACCGCUCAGUGCAGGCCCACCACAGCCAGUCACGUCGUGAGGUCUCAUCAAUCCAGCAGCAGCAAGACCCCGGUGCCCUUUAUGACUUCAACCUGGAUGAAGAGCUGGAGAUGGACUUGGACGAGGAGACCAUGGAGGCCAUGUUUGGCCAGGACCUUGCCAGCGACACCGACAUUCUGGGAAUGUGGAUCCCAGAGGUACUGGACUGGCCAACAUGGCAUGUAUGUGAGACGGAUGACCGAGAUGAAGUGGUCGUGUGUGAGCUGUGUGAGGCCAACGUGGCCAACUUCAAUCAACACAUGAAGAAGAGCCACCCGGGCUGCGGCCGCAGUGCGAACCGACAAGGCUACCGCAGUAACGGCUCCUACGUAGAUGGCUGGUUUGGAGGGGAGUGCGGCAGUGGAAACCCUUACUACCUGCUGUGUGGCAGUUGCAGAGAGAAGUACUUGGCCAUCAAAAGCAAGGCCAAAGUCCCCAUUGUGGAGAGGUAUAAGGGACAGGCUCCUGACCUCCUGGGAAAGCAGGACAGUGUCUAUGAAGAGGACUGGGACAUGCUGGAUGUUGAUGAAGACGAGAAGUUGACUGGGGAGGAAGAGUUUGAGCUUUUGGCCGGCCCGUUGGGUCUGAGUGAGCGCCGGAUCGUCCCAGAGGCUGUUCAGUUCCCUGACAGCGACCCACUGGGAGCCUCUGUAGCCAUGGUGACAGCCACCAACAGUAUGGAGGAGACCCUGCUGCAGAUAGGCUGUCAGACCUCAGUAGAUAAGAGCUCUUCAGGCCGGGUGACCCUUGGGGAGCAGGCAGCAGCCCUGCAGAGCCCUCAUGACCGAGUGAUGGCGCUGAGGAGGGUGACCGCUGCAGCCCAGGUGCUGUUGGCUAGGACCAUGGUGAUGAGAGCCCUGUCCUUACUGUCUGUCAGUGGCUCGAGCUGCAGCCUUGCAGCAGGUCUGGAGUCUCUUGGUUUGACAGACAUCAGGACUCUGGUCAGGCUGAUGUGCCUGGCGGCAGCGGGCCGGGCCGGUCUUUCCACCAGUCCUACAGCAGGCUCGGGGCAUGCUGAAAGGCCCCGUGGAGCCGCCAAAGCGAGCAAGCCCAUCUCCUGUCUGGCUUACCUCAGUACAGCAGUGGGCUGCCUGGCCUCCAACAGUCCCAAUGCUGCAAAGCUGUUAGUGCAGCUCUGUACUCAGAACCUGAUCUCCGCAGCUACAGGCAUGAACCUGACCACAGUGGAUGAUCCCAUCCAGAGGAAGUUCCUGCCCAGCUUUCUACGUGGAGUGACUGAGGAGAACAAGCUCAUCACGUCUCCCAACUUUGUGGUCACACAGGCUCUAGUAGCUUUGCUGGCAGAUAAAGGGGCCAGACUCAGACCUGCCUAUGACAAGGCGGACAUGGAUAAAAGAGGCCCUCUGGAGCUGGCCAAUGCACUGGCGGCCUGCUGCCUUCAGCACCGCCAGUGGGCUGCCCAGCAGCUGGUCCGCACACUGGCUGCCCAUGACCGUGACAACAACCAGAGCCGGCCACAGACCUUUGCUGAUAUGGCAGGGGACCUGCGAAAGUGCUCCUUCAUCAAGCUAGAAGCUCACCAGAGCAGGGUCAUCACAUGUUGUUGGUGCACUAAGAAAGGCCUGUUGGCCACCAGUGGCAAUGAUGGGACAGUCAGGGUGUGGAAUGUAACCAAGAGCCAGUACACCCUGCAGCAGACCUGUAUCUUCAAUAAAAAUGAUGGCUCUUCAGAGGAGAGCAUGUCAGGCUUGGGAUCUCCUAGCGAUCCUUUCCUGUCCCCUCUGGCCUGGAGUGUCACUGGAAAAUAUUUGGCCUCCGCCAUGGAGAAAAUGGUUAACAUCUGGCAAGUUAAUGGUGGUAAGGGCAUUUUGGAUGUGCAGCCUCACUGGGUAUCUGCUCUAACCUGGCCUGAAGAGGAGCCAGAGUCCUUGUGGUGCGGGGAACCCAAGGACAUGCUGCUUGUGGGACGAAUGGACGGAUCCCUGGGCCUCAUUGAGGUCCUGGAUACCGCCGUUAUGCACCGCACUGAGCUGGAGCACUGCUACAGGAAAAAUGUCGCAGUGAUGCACAUUGCCUGGUAUAGUGAAGACAAGCCUUUUGCUGUGGGCUAUGCAGAUGGAAAGCUGUUGAUUGGAUCCAAAGAGCCCCUGGAAAAGGGAGCCAUUGUGGUCAUAGAUGCACACAAGGAGUCAAUCACCAGUAUAAAGUGGAGUCCUACUGGUCAGAUCUUAUUGACCUGUGCCAAAGAGGAGACAGUGAAGCUAUGGGCCAGCCAGGACUCUCAUUCUGACUCGGGCUCUGGCUCUGGCUGGCACUGCCUACAGAGUCUUAGACACCCUUCCCUGGUUAAUGGCGUGGCCUGGUGCAGCCUGCCUGGGCAUGGGCCUAAACCCCUCAGCAUGCUAGCUGUAUGCUGCCAGAAUGGACUAGUCUCAGUCUGGACUGUUCCUCGAGACAUCUCCAACUUUCCAGAAUCCUGUUCCUUUGACUCAGAGGGAUGGUGGGAGAAUGAAGCGAAAACUAAAUUCAUGUCUUCUCAGUGGUCAGAAGAUGGAGCAGUGUGUGUUUUCCAGUUGAAGGGCCACAUCACUCCAGUAAGAACACUGGCCUUCAGCCCUGAUGGUCUGGCCCUGGCAUCUGGAGGAGUGGGAGGCCUCAUGAACAUCUGGUCCCUGCGGGAUGGGUCAGUGCUCCAGACAGUAGUAGCCGGUUCAGGGGCGAUCCAGAAUAUUGUCUGGAUCCCAGAUGUGGGUGUUGCUGUCUGCUCCAACAGAUCAAAGGAUGUGCUUGUUGUGAACUGCUCCAAAGACUUCAUGGUGUCCAACCACGUGCUGGCCACUUGCCGCACAGCUCUGAAGAAGCAGGGUGUAGUUGGCCUCAACAUGGCACCCUGCAUGAGGGCCUUCCUGGAGAGAUUGCCUGUCAUGCUGCAGGAGCAGUAUGUUUAUGAGAAGCCCCAUGUCGUAUGUGGGGAGCAGCUUGUCCACAGCCCCUAUAUGCAGUGCCUCGCCUCCUUGGCUGUGGGUCUUCACCUGGACCAGCUCCUGUGUCGCCCCCCUGUGCCACCUCUCCUUCGACACUGCCCACCAGAGUCUGGCACUGCAGUCUGGAGUGCCAGUGAGUGGGCUUGGUUGGACUGCUUCUCUACAACAGUCAAGGCAGCAGAGGCCCUUGCUCGAGGCGCCACCUUUCCUGAGUCCUUCUCUGUGCCUGACCUGGAGCCUGUACCCAAAGAUGAAAUGGCUCUGCUCAUGGACAACAGUAAAUGGGUGUCUGGUAUGGAUGAACAGAUCAUGUCCUGGGCCACCUCAAGACCAGAGGACUGGCACCUUGGUGGGAAGUGUGAUGUUUAUCUGUGGGGUGCAGGGCGACAUGGCCAGCUGGCAGAGGCUGGUAGAAACAUCCUGGUGCCCACCACUGCCCCGUCAUUCUCUCAGGCACAAAAGGUGGUGUGUGGUCAGAACUGCACCUUUGUGAUCCAGCCGAACGGGACAGUGUUGGCCUGUGGAGAGGGUAGCUAUGGCCGUCUGGGACAAGGCAACUCUGAUGACCUGCAUGUGCUCACUGUCAUCUCAGCUCUGCAAGGUUUUGUUGUGACUCAGCUGGUGACUUCGUGUGGCAGUGACGGUCACUCCAUGGCUCUGACAGAGAGUGGCGAGGUGUUCAGCUGGGGGGACGGGGACUAUGGUAAGCUGGGCCACGGAAACAGUGACCGCCAGCGCCGACCCAGACAGAUUGAAGCUCUGCAAGGAGAGGAGGUUGUGCAGAUGUCCUGUGGGUUCAAACAUUCAGCAGUGGUCACAGCUGAUGGGAAGCUUUUCACGUUUGGUAAUGGUGAUUAUGGCAGACUGGGCCUGGGCAACACCUCGAACAAGAAGCUGCCAGAGAAGGUUACUGCUCUGGAGGGUUACCAAGUUGGACAGGUGGCUUGUGGUUUAAACCACACUUUGGUUGUCUCUGCUGAUGGAAUGAUGGUUUGGGCUUUUGGUGAUGGAGACUAUGGAAAACUAGGACUGGGCAAUUCCACAGCCAAGUCUUCACCUCAGAAAGUGGAAGUACUAUGUGGAAUUGGCAUCAAGAAACUGGCGUGUGGAACACAGUUCUCUGUGGCUUUAACCAAAGAUGGCAAAGUGUUUACGUUUGGCCAAGACCGCUUAAUUGGCUUGCCAGAGGGCCGAGCCAGGAACCACAACCGGCCCCAGCAGGUGCCAGCACUGUCAGGGAUCCACAUCGAGGAUAUUGCUGUUGGAGCUGAACACACUCUGGUGCUGUCCUCCACAGGAGAUGUUUACACCUGGGGUAGCAACUCAGAGGGACAGCUGGGUUUGGGUCACACAAACCAUGUAAGAGAACCCACACUGGCGACAACGCUGCAGGGCAAAAACAUCCACCAGAUCUCUGCUGGACGGUGCCACAGUGCUGCUUGGACCGCUCCCUCUGUGCCACCUCGAGCACCAGGCUCGUCGGUUCCUCUCCAGCUGGGUCUGCCUGUGGCGGUGCCUCCUCAGUACAGCGGGCUAAAAGAGGUGAGCAUUGAGGUGGUGAGGGCUCGCCUACGCCUCCUCUACCACUUCUCUGACCUCAUGUACUCCUCCUGGAGAUUGCUCAACCUCAGCCCCAACAACCAGAGCUGUACCUCCCAUUAUAACGCUGGUACCUGGGGGAUUGUCCAGGGCCAGUUGAGGCCCCUGUUGGCUCCCAGAGUGUAUACUCUUCCCAUGGUGCGCUCCAUAGGCAAGACCAUGGUGCAGGGAAAAAACUAUGGUCCACAAAUCACCGUCAAACGAAUCUCCACCCGGGGACGGAAGUGUAAGCCCAUCUUUGUGCAGAUCGCUCGUCAGGUGGUGAAGCUGAAUGCCUCAGACCUUCGACUGCCCUCAAGGGCCUGGAAGGUCAAGCUGGUGGGAGAGGGGGCGGAUGAUGCGGGUGGAGUCUUUGACGACACAAUCACAGAGAUGUGUCAGGAGUUGGAGACAGGGGUGGUAGACCUGCUCAUCCCCUCCCCCAAUGCCACAGCAGAGGUUGGCUACAACAGAGACAGGUUUCUCCUCAACCCGUCUGCCUGCCUGGAUGAGCACAUGCUCCAAUUUAAAUUUUUGGGCAUCCUUAUGGGUGUUGCCAUCCGCACCAAGAAACCCCUGGACCUGCACCUGGCUCCUAUGGUUUGGAAACAGCUGUGCUGCAUCCCCCUGAUGCUGGAGGACCUGGAGGAGGUGGACCUCCUCUAUGUACAAACACUCAAAAGCAUUCUUCACAUUGAAGACAGUGGUAUCACCGAGGAUAAUUUCCAUGAGAUGAUUCCUCUGGAUUCCUUUGUUGGACAGAGUGCGGAUGGUAAAAUGGUGCCCAUCAUCCCAGGAGGAAACAGCAUCCCUCUCACUUUCUCCAACAGGAAGGAAUAUGUGGAAAGAGCUAUUGAGUACAGGCUGCAUGAAAUUGAUCGACAGGUAGCAGCAGUGCGUGAAGGCAUGUCGUGGAUCAUACCGGUUCCACUGCUUUCCCUGCUGACUGCCAAGCACCUGGAGCAGAUGGUGUGCGGCAUGCCUGAGAUCUGCUGCGACGUACUGAAGAAAGUAGUGCGAUACAGAGAGGUGGACGAGCAGCACUCCCUGGUGCAGUGGUUCUGGCAGACUCUUGAGGAGUUCUCUAACGAGGAGCGAGUUCUUUUCAUGCGCUUCGUCUCAGGACGCUCGAGGCUGCCUGCCAACACGGCCGACAUCUCACAGAGAUUUCAGAUCAUGAAAGUGGAUAGGCCAUACGACAGCCUGCCCACCUCUCAGACCUGUUUCUUUCAGCUGCGUCUGCCUCCAUACUCAAGUCAGGCCAUCAUGGCCGAGAGGCUGCGCUACGCCAUCAACAACUGCCGCUCUAUUGACAUGGACAACUAUAUGCUCUCCCGUAAUGUAGACAACGCCGAGGGCUCGGACACAGACUACUGAUGCAGGCAGUUCCAAUCAUACAUAGAGGCCCGGGAAUGGCCAGGCAUGGACUGUCUCCUCUGAAAGCCUCACACACACACGCAUACACACACGCAAAGAUGUUUCAACAUGACUACACCAGUUGUAGGGAACUCCUGAGCAGGUGGGCCACUUUUUACAUGCAUUUUAUGUACUUUAAACAGCAGAGUUUCAUUUCUCCAUGUGGUUUAUUAGCAGGUUUUAAUGGCACAAAAUCCACAUGAGAAGUGCAUUUAUUAUUUUUUUUUUCCCAUUACUCCACAUCCCAUUUUCAGGGUUUCUGCAUGGAGGUUAAGUUUGUUUGGAAAUGUGUAGAGAAUAUUAAUGUUGUGGAGGAAAAAAAGAAUAUUGUACAUUGUGUAAAAUGCUUCAAUACAAAAAUGUUUUGCAUAAUAUCCAUAUUUAUUGUUUUCAUUGCCUGUUGAGUUUUCCAAAGCAUACAAAAAAAAAAAACAAUAAAUGCUGCAUAAUCAA